AUGAAAGGCUUUGGAGUUUUCUCGCCCUGCAGCGCAACUUCACGCUACGUUCUGGCAGCCUCAGGCCUACACGAGUCCUCGUGUAACAGUACGCCACGAGAAGGCACACAGCCACUAUCGCUCAACCUACUUGACUUCAAAGUCACGGAAAACUCGGAAACAAGCUCUGACUUUUUCUCAAACACAUUUGAAAACAAUUUCAACCAAUACGCGCCAGAUACGCCAUUCUCAUUCAAUAAUACAAAUUUUGGAGGAGCUAAUUAUGGUGGGACGAACUUUGGCGGGAAUAAUUUUGAUGAUUACGUGACGUCGAGAAGUACGCCUGGAAUAGCAGAGUUCUCACUUCUACACUCAAUACCGGUGGAUUUAAACGCACACCUUACCACAAUGAAGUGGAUUAAACUAGGAGUACCGUAUACAGAUGAAAAAACGUUGGUAGUCGUUGGUUCAAGUUCUGGUGACUUGGUUUUCUAUGACGCAAAGGCCCUUACUGAAAAUAAAACGCUAGUGUCGACAUUUAAUACUAAUGUGUGUUCAGUACCGAUCAAGUGUUUGGGGUACUGUGGUAAGAAUAUGCUGGGAGUAGCGGGAGUUGAUGGCCAAGUGUCAGUAGUGGACCUGGGAGACGCAUCGAAUUAUGCAGUUGUGGAUGUCAGCUACGGCAAGUGGAAAGUGGGCCAAGUAACAAGUUUGAGUUGGAAUUACCGUUUGCCUCACAUAUUGGCAUCAGCAGGGGCGGCACUAACACCAUCGGAUACCAGUGGAGUGGUAGUGUGGGACCUAAAGGUGAGAAAACCAGCAAGUACAUUUAGGGAUCCAAUGGGUCGUGUAAAUCCAGUAGCACUGGACUGGGUACCAGAUCAAGCGACACAAUUAGUAGUUGCAUAUGCAGAUGAUAACGCUCCAUCAGUACAAUUGUGGGAUCUAAGAAAUCCAUCAGGACCACUCUUUGAGCUCAAGUCGCACGGUGAUGUGAAAUCACACUCUGAAUUAAAUGCACAAGAAUCCAAGGCACAUACAAGAGGAUUGACUGAUGUUAAAUUCUCACCACAUGACCCAAAUGUACUACUUACAAGUUCUAAAGAUGAUACAACCAAAUGUUGGCACUUGACACCAGAAAGAACAUUUACAUUAUUGUCAACAUUUCAAACAGAAGCACUUUCACAUCAUUCUAGAGUGGAUUGGCAUCCGAAUGUGCCAGGGCUAUUUCUAUCCCAGUCAAACGAUGGACAACUCAAUGUACAUCAUUUGUAUUCUGGAACAGUGGAAGGAUCUUAUGUACCGGUGUGGACAAGGAAAAGAGGAGGAAUCGCGUCUGGAUUUGCUGGUCAAGUUACCUCAUGGAAUAACGUUGAGCUUAAAAACUUUACACUCACGUCACAACUUGAUGGUGAUAGCUUAAAGUUAUUGGAUGGAGUGUUAGAAGUGAUGAGAAUGUUGAACGAUGAGAGUAUGUUCACGGAGUUUUGCGAAUCUAAAGUAAAUUCAAGCACUAGCGAGUAUGAAAAACUCACAUGGUCGGUUCUAAAAUGUCAAUAUAAAGGUCAACUGAAAGAUUUGUUGUCCACACUAGGUUACUCGAAUUUCGAACCCGUUACUAAUUUGUCACCAGAUUCCGUCACUGGUAAUGUUGGUGGUAACAUGAAUUUACCAGCACAAUCAAUAGGAACGUUGGCAACGCAAUCCAUUGGGAGUCUUGGAGCAUUUUUUACCAAUAGAACAAAUAGUUUGAGUGAAGUCACAUCACAAGAUGAUAAAGAAGCGGAAGAUUUCUUCAACUCACUCACACUCAAGUCUAAUUUGUUAGAUCCAAACUCUAAUUUAUUGGAUACACAAAAUAACUUAAUGAACACCAAUAAUAAUUUGUUGGAUUUAAAUGCAGGAUCUAGUGUUACAGGUGUUAGUAGUGUGAGGAGUCUUAGUGGGUUGGAUUGGUGUUCAGAUAUGAAAUUGAAGAAUAAGUUAGUUAAUGCAGAUUUUAAAGAAGCAGCAAAGAGGUGUUUAGAUUUAAAUAAAGUAGUAGAAGGGUUAUUAUUGGCAUAUGUGGGAGGUCAAGAAGUGUUUCUGGAAUUGGUGGAGAAGGUCGUAGAGUCGAAAAAGGACCCGUUUCUUAACCUCUUGCACUUGCUAAUGCAAGGCGAUGUUGAAACUGUACUUUUAAACAGUAACUUAAACGAUUGGAAGGAAACACUUUGUAUUAUUUACACUUAUGGAGGAGAUUUAACGCUGUUUAGAACACUAACGCACAAGUUUGCUAAACGACUCUAUGAACAAGGGUACUAUCAAGAAGCUACCAUUUCAUAUAUAUUAGCGUGUGACUACUACCAAGUAGCAAAUCUAUGGAAAUUGCAACAAAGUUUAAGUAACAGUGGUCGAUUACAAGGUUUAGGUGACAAGAAUAAUCUUGGUACUACUAGGUUGGAGGAUAGAAUUGAGAUGAUGUUGAAACUGUCAGUAUUAUCAUUUUCAAUGUGGAGUAAUUCAGGUGCCGGGUAUCAGAAUGAGAGUUUUGACACGGUUUUGAUGGAGCUUUCUGAGGUAUUUAUUGAUGCAGGGAUGUUAGAUAAGGCUUUGGAAACACUCAACGUGACCGGAGCUUCAAAUUCAGAACAAAUAAGACAAAUGAAAUCGAAAGUUGAAAAUCAACUUACAACUCAAUAUACUGGACAAUCUGUAGUACAACCAACAGCUCAAUACGUAACACAAGCCACGCCUCAAUACGCAGGACAAUCCUUAUUACAACAAACACCCCAAUAUGGUACACAAAGUAUGGUACAACAACAAGCUCAAUAUGCAACACAACCUGCAACACAAUAUACUCCACAAACUAUGGUACAUCCAGUACAGCCGGUAGUACAAGGAGUUGGAACUGGAUUGAAUACAAGACCAGCGGUAAGUGUAAGUCAGACAAUGGCAAGCACUACAACAAGAACUGUACCAUUAACAGCCCUUCAACCAACAACACAUCGUACAACACAGCAAACAUAUCCGGCUCAGUCUACUGGUUAUCCGUCAACUACGUAUCAAGGAUCCACAUCGGUUUCAGGGAUGUCACAGAGUUUUACAACGGCAAGUUCAUUAACAAAUUCAACAGCCGUUAGUUCAGUGUCAACAGGGUUUCUAACUUCACAACUGCCGAGUAAUGCAUCAAAUUUGUCAUCCUACAACAGUUUACCGCAUUCUACUAAUCUUACCACAACUCAAGCUAAUUUGAAUCCAGUGCCUGCUCAUUUGAAUACUGUUCCCACAAAUUUGAAUCCCGUACCUUCACAUUUAAAUACUAGUUUGAGUACUAAAGCAAGUAAUGCGGCAACCAUGAGUCAAACAAGUAGACCAGGUUACAAUAAAACAAACGCUAGUCAUCCAGUAAACCCACUAACAAGCAGACCACAAACACAUACUAUGGGAGCGAGUGGACAAAGUUAUAGUGUGGGAAGUAGCGCACCAGGAGCUGUAGCAGGAGCAGUGAAGCCGGGAAUGCCAGUGCCAUGGCCAAAUCCAACAGCAACACAGCAGCUGUCGUCAAAAACAGUGGCAACACAGGAAUCGAACAAGCUGAUAAUAGCAUCAACACAGAAUGUUCCAAAGGGAGAAAUGAUGCCAAAAGCAGAUUUAGAUAUGGUAAUCUCAACAUUAAAUGUAAUGACAGGAAGAUUGGGGGAAACGAAAAUGGAUUUGGAUACUAAAAAGAACGUAAACGAUCUGAUAAAUAUGUUGAAACAAGGAUCACUAAAUGCAGAAGCCAAUUCACUACUGGCCACACUAUGUAGAGCAGUGUCACAAGAUGACAACUUCAACUCGAACCUCAUCCUAAACAAUAUCAUCUCCAAGCUAUGGAAUAACCAAAACAAGUCCUGGAUCAUGUGCCUUAAAAGAUUAGUUCCCAAAUAA